CCGCAACAAAGAACUAUUCAACACACAUCUGAAAAAUGGCUUUCAAGUUUGCUUUCGUACUCGCUUUCGUUGCCAUAGCCAACGCCGGAUAUGCACCUAUUGCGCCCAUUUACCAUACUGCACCUGCCGCUGUUGCCGUCCAUGCUGCGCCUAUAGCUGUAGCCCAAAAGGUUAUUGUUAAAUCAGAGGAAUACGACCAUCAUCCACAAUACAAGUUCUCUUAUGCUGUUGACGACAAGCUGACCGGUGAUUCGAAGACCCAAGUGGAGGAACGUGACGGUGAUGUUGUGCGCGGUGAAUACUCACUCAUCGACUCCGAUGGAUACAAACGUACUGUCCAGUAUACUUCGGACCCUGUGAAUGGUUUCAACGCUGUGGUGAACCGUGAACCCUUUGUGAAGGCUGUUGCUGUGGCCCCAGUUAUAAAAACAGUCACUCCAGUAGUUCACUAUGCUGCUCCUGCUUUGGUAAAGACAGUAGCACCAGUUGCACACUACACCUCUCCAGUGGCACACUAUGCCGCUCAAGAUGUGGUUAAGUCUCCUCACUAUACUGCUCCCGUUUCUCACUACGCUGCUCCCGUUUCUCACUAUGCUGCUCCCGUUUCUCACUACGCUGAGCCAGCCUUAGUAAAGUACCAACAUUAAAUAAUGCAAAA